CCGCCCGCGUAGUGCGGAACCAGGGCGCCGCGGCCCGCGCUCGCCGCCCCGCCCCGCCCCGCCCGCCCCGAGCGGCUCGGCCGGGGCUCCGCGCGGCGGCCCGGAGGAGAAAAUCUCAGUCUGGUGCCAGUGUGAUUCUCACACCCUCCGGUGCACUAAUCCCAGCUGUUGAACAAACGGCAAGCCCUCUGCUCACUCCUCCGCAGGCAGCGUCCCUGCAAGCAGCAGCCACACCAGCUCAUGGGUUAGGGGACUUCUGCCUGUGGUGACUCCAGCUUUCUGUGUGAAGGGCGGAUGCCCAAGGCAGGGGGCCCGCAGGGAGCGCACGCGGCACCGGCCCGGCAAGCGGCGGCCAGACGGCAGCAGCCUAGGCAGACGCUGGAGUCCUGCUUCCCACCGUCGGGAGGACAGGGCAUGACGGCGGCAGAUCGGGCCCCACAGUGGCCCGGGCAGGUGGAGAGUCACUAGAGGGAGGGCUCGGCGGCCUCCUCGCCCCGGGCGAUCGCCAUGCCGGCUGGAGCAGAGGUGCUGGGGCAGGGGCUGCAGCGUGGCGUGGCCUCGCCCUGCCGCCCGCGCUGAGCGCUCCGAGGGCAGCCGCGCUUCGUCUGCCGGCACCGCGGCCCGCGUCUCGGCGUCCCCCCCCCCACUCGGCGGCGACAGGGAGCGGCGCCCCGUCCCGUGCUCUGCAUCUGGGCCCGCCGCUGCCGGACCAUGGGAUGUCGGCAAAGCUCAGAGGAGAAAGAGGCGGCGCGGCGGUCCCGGAGGAUUGACCGCCAUCUGCGCUCGGAGAGCCAGCGGCAGCGCCGCGAGAUCAAACUGCUCCUGCUGGGCACCAGCAACUCGGGCAAGAGCACCAUCGUGAAGCAGAUGAAGAUCAUCCACAGCGGCGGCUUCAACCUGGAGGCCUGCAAGGAGUACAAGCCCCUGAUCAUCUACAACGCCAUCGACUCGCUGACCCGCAUCAUCCGCGCCCUGGCCGCCCUCAAGAUCGACUUCCACAACCCGGACCGCGCCUACGACGCCGUCCAGCUGUUCGCGCUCACCGGCCCUGCCGAGAGCAAGGGCGAGAUCACCCCCGAGCUGCUGGGCGUCAUGCGGCGGCUGUGGGCUGACCCCGGGGCGCAGGCCUGCUUCGGCCGCUCCAGCGAGUACCACCUGGAGGACAACGCCGCCUACUACCUGAACGACCUGGAGCGCAUCGCCGCGCCCGACUACAUCCCCACCGUCGAGGACAUUCUGCGCUCCCGGGACAUGACCACGGGCAUCGUGGAGAACAAGUUCACCUUCAAGGAGCUGACCUUCAAGAUGGUGGACGUGGGCGGGCAGAGGUCGGAGCGCAAGAAAUGGAUCCACUGUUUCGAGGGCGUCACGGCCAUCAUCUUCUGUGUGGAGCUUAGUGGCUACGACCUGAAGCUCUACGAGGACAACCAGACGAGUCGAAUGGCAGAGAGCCUGCGCCUCUUUGACUCCAUCUGUAACAACAACUGGUUCAUCAACACUUCGCUCAUCCUCUUCCUGAACAAGAAGGACCUGCUGGCGGAGAAGAUCCGCCGCAUUCCGCUCACCAUCUGCUUCCCUGAGUACAAGGGCCAGAACACGUACGAGGAGGCCGCUGUCUACAUCCAGCGGCAGUUCGAGGACCUGAACCGCAACAAGGAGACCAAGGAGAUCUACUCCCACUUCACCUGUGCCACCGACACCAGUAACAUCCAGUUCGUUUUUGACGCGGUGACAGACGUCAUCAUACAGAACAAUCUCAAGUACAUAGGCCUUUGCUGAGGAGCCGGGCUGGCCGGCUGGCCUGUGGCGAAACCCCCGGGGUGUCACACCCCCCUCGCGCUAGGGAGACCCAGCCCAGGGGCAGAAGACGGGGGGCCUGAGAAAUGGCCCCCCGUUCCCGCAAACAUAAAUAUAUAUGGAUAGAUUGCUAGGUAGGUAGACACACACACGCGCACACACACGGUCUGGAGAUGGCAGUUCCCCGAAGCGCUGGAGCCUCUAGAAGACUUCGGCCGCUGUCACCAGGUUCACUACAGGCCCUUCCUGCCCCGUCACCUUGCCUUCCUGAGUCGGCCCUGCUCUGCAUGGGGGUCCCCAUGGGACUCUUAGGAGAGGCGGCUGGGUCAUCCGGAGGAAGCCGGCUGUGCCCAAGCGUCGGACUGGGGACCUUGCUGCUGACCCAGAGGGAGGACCGGAGCAGGGUCCAUGCGCCUUCCCCGCUGGCCCGCCCUGUACCACGGCUGUUCUGGAACCCGGGUGCAAGGCCAGACGACAGCACUAACCAGACCUCUAGCCACUCACAGCUCUUUUUAAACAGCUUCAAAAUAUGCAGCAAAAAUCCACACAAUAACACGAGUGGCACCAUUUGUCUCAAACUAGGCCAGCUGGGUUCCAGCUUUUCUUCUACUAGUCUGAUGUUUUAUAAAUCAAAACCUGGUUUUUUCUUCUCUGACAUCCUUUUUUUUGGCCAAAUCUCGUGGUGUUUCGCAGAAAUACAGAAAAUUUCAAAUGCAGUUGAGUAUUCUUUUUUAAAAUGCAGAUUUUCAAAACCUAUGGUUUUUUUUCAGGUGGUCCUUUUUUGUGUCUGGCUUGCUGAGUGUAAAAGUUGUUAUCUGAAUGAGUCUGUCCCUCUGCUCCUGAGCGACACUGGGGUGGACAGCCGCCCUACGGCAGCGUCGCAGGGCCGCGUUGUACAUAAGCCCGUGCAGUGUCCUCUUGUUACGGUGCGGUUUCUGCUUUGUUUUUAUUUCAGAAAAAUAAAUGUGAUGUAUUUAAAGAAGGUUCUUCACCUAGGAGCGAAUGAACAAUAGCUAAAUGUCUUGGUAUCUAAAGAGUAAAUUAUCCGUGGCUUUGCAAGUGGAGGAAAGGGGGAGCAAGAGAUGGGGCCCCGGCCCCCACAUGCCCUACACCUGAGACGGGCUGAGAGCCACGACAAUUCCUGUGAAGGCUCAGCCGGCGCAGCCUGAGGGAGGCCCUGCUGGGACCUCGCACUCUGGCCCUUCCUGUCCCAGGGCCUGUGGCACCCGCCACCACUGAAGGACCUUGGCCCAGGGCCGCAUGUAAAUAUGAACCCCCGCCGUCAAGAGGGAAGGCACCGCCAGAGCCCUUGCCAAAUCUCCUUUGCCCUCAGCCUCUGUUCGGUACCUGUAUGUCCAAGGUCAGUGCGUGGAAUCACAGCCAAGGACUUUAAGAGAUGCACGGAGGGAAAGAGGAGCUGGUGAUUGUAUGAAAGUUAAAGAUUGUCUACUUUAAGAAAAUAAAAUAUCCUGA